CGGCGACCUAUGGGGAAAUUAAACAACGCCUCAAAAUAAGUGCUACUGGAUGCUGGUGUGUUAUUUUGGAAAGACAUGACACAUCCGCUCAGAGCCCGUUAUGGAUGUGAGGAGCGAAACGCCAGGAGCAGAGUGGCAGCUCCACCUGUCUCCUUAAUGAAGCUUCCCGGUGGGGGGCCCCAAACAUGGCCCGCUCGUCCUCGCCACACAGGUCCCGUCUGCAGGCCUCACCUCCCAGCUCCUCCCCAAGUCUCUCUCUUUCAUACCCGGCACGCAGAGGAGAGCGCAGAGCGGCCCCAUCUGGUCACGGUGGUCCGUCCCUGCGGUCCGAGUUCACUAAGGAAGGUAACGGUGCUGCUGAACCGCAGGGGUGUGGUGUCCUUCGAGCAGCUGCUAUUGGAUCUGUCUGAGGCGCUGGGGUUUCCGCGCUGGCACAGAUCCAGGGUCACACGCCUGUACACGACCCACGCGCGAGAGGUGAAGGGCGUGUGUGACUUCUUCCGAGGGGAGGCGGCCUUCCUGGCGCUGGGCAAGGCUCGCCCCGAGCUGGGCGCCGUACAGGAAGCGCUGGAGGAGCUGUUCCCAGAACACGCCCAUUACCGGGCGGAUGCCCUGUGCGCCUGGGAGAAGAAGCUCCGCCCGGCGCCGGACAAGGCGGCCAAGGCCGACAGCGGGUACAGCGAGGGGACAGACGACGGCGAGACGAGCCCGGAGAGGCGCGAAGAGGAGCCGGCGCCGGGGACGAAACCCGCCAAUACGCAAACGCGUCCCCGCGCGGACUCACAACAGCUGGAACACAAUCACCCAGAUGUGCAGAAGCCGCAUCAAAAGAAGGCGUGCAGGAAAGGCGUCCACGCGCCCAACCACCUGCAGCGGCUGCGUGGGAGGGGGGCGUCUGGGCCGAGGCCGCUUCCUGUCCCCGGCCCCUUCCAGCGCGACGGUGAUUCUAGAGAGGAGGACGUAGUCGCUCCACCGCUGUGCGAGAGCUGCCUGGCGCGGCAGGCCAGACAGCAGGGGGCCGGUCGGAUGAGCCCACUGCCGGGGAGGGUCCCGCUCCCGCCUGUGCCGAGGAAACACAGGGAGCCGCGGCGUCCGCUCAGCCCAGACGCAGAGAGGCCCGCGCGGCUGCAGCUUCUCAACCCAGACGUGGCUCCGGUGGAGAGACGCGCGGAGCCCCCGCCGCGCGGCGACGCCGUCACCGCCGCCGACAUCGAGCGGCGCUACGACAUGGGACGCGUGGUGGGGGACGGCAACUUCGCGGUGGUGCGCGAGUGCCGGCGGCGGGGGGGCGGCGCCCGGGCCUUCGCCAUGAAGGUGGUGGAGCGGGCCAAGCUGGCGGGCCGCGAGCACAUGAUGCAGAACGAGCUGAGCCUCCUGGGCAGCCUGCGGCACCCCCGCGUGGUCCGGCUGUUCGCCCACCACCACACCCACACCCACUUCUACCUGCUGAUGGAGCUGGUGGACGGGGGCGACCUGUUCGAGGCCAUCAGCGACAGGGGCAGGUUCCCGGAGGCGGAGGCCGGCCUGAUGGUGUCGGACGUGAGCGACGCGCUGAGCUACAUCCACGGCAAGAGCAUCGCGCACCGGGACGUCAAACCCGAGAACCUGCUGUUGGAGCGAGUGGCGGCGGGCGUCUCCAGGCUGAAGCUGGGGGACUUCGGCCUCGCCAUGGUUGUGACUGAGCCUGUCUUCACCAUAUGUGGCACUCCCACAUAUGUGGCCCCAGAGAUUCUCCACGAGGCAGGUUAUGGUGUAGCCGUGGACGUAUGGGCGUUAGGUGUCAUUCUCUAUAUCCUGCUGUGCGGCUUCCCCCCAUUUCGUAGUCAAGCCCGUGAUCAGGAAGAGCUGUUUGAGCUGAUAAAAGAAGGACAUCUCCACUUUCUCUCCCCCUACUGGGACCCUAUCUCAGAGGAAGCCAGAGGCCUUGUCAGAGCUCUGCUGCAGCCAGACCCCACCGCGAGGCUGACAGCAGAGCAGACCCUGCUGCAUCCCUGGGUGACGGCUAUGGCCUCCGUGUGCAGGCAGAGGGCGCUCACAGACAAAACUCAGGCUGAAGCAGAACCGGGUGAAGUUGAGAGCCAGGCUCAGACCCCCGCGGCAGAAACUGACGAAGACAAAGCACCGGGACGCGCGAGCUGGAGGGAAAGCACCCUGAGAGAUGCCAAGCAAAGUGAGAAGGUCACGGGACGGGGACGGGGCGAGGACGCCCUGCAGGAGGGGAGUGCAGUCCGCGCUGCAUCUCCACGGGUCGAGGAGCACACGCCGGGUCCACAGGAGCCACAGUGUGAUUCUACAGACUGUGGCUCACCCAGCAGGCAGGCAAUGCAGCAGCCCUCAGGCCCACGCGGAGCCAGUGCCGACCUGAGCCGGCUCCACGCCACGGCCCAGCACGACCAGCAGCAGCCGCCCGCGGGUUCACUGUCCUCAACCAGCACAGCAGCAACACCUCCUUCGCCCCAUUCUCCUCGCCUCUCCUCUGCACACAAUCACAACCACAGGCCAAGACUGUCCAGCUGAGACCCCCCCCCCCCCCCCCCCCCCCCCCCCCGCCCCUCACCUACCCACCCACGUCUCCCGUUUAGGCACGUGAUUAGAUCAGAGUCCUCGCCUUCAUGGUUGCAACACUGCUCAUUUCAAGGCAGCAGGAUUCUUGAAUGACGCACACAUCAUGUGACUUACUCCUAGUGACUAGCGCCUGAUCGACUAGACAAAUAUCAUUGAUAUCAUUCUGUCUAAUCCAUUUAUCCUGCAAUCAUCAAUUAAUCAUGAUCAUAUGAUGAGCCGAGAAGCAGUAGAACUAAUUAAAGGAAUAGAGUUGAUCAAGCAGGCUUCUAUAGGAACUUAUACAUAGUUUCAGACUGUCAUUGUUCUAAUGUUGUGGGGUUCCCUCUCUUUGUGUAACCUAUGAUGAGGAUAUGAUAUGUAAUCAUGUGUCAUUCCUAGUGGCGGCUAUUCCUUCACGGCUUGUGCAAUGACACUGAUCCAUGUUUCUUUCAUAUUUAUAGCCCGUUCCUAGAAGUAUGUCUUAGGAUCAUUUAUCUAGAAACAUCAGUUUACUAUGGUCAUAAGCUAAAAAUAUCUGUACCAAGAACUUCUUAUUUCAUUAUAGUAAAAGUCUGCCAUGUUUACCAUA